UCAGAAUGAGCGUCCAAACAGCUGAUAAAAACAUCACAAUAAUCCACACCACUCCAGUCCAUCAAAGUGAAAAGCUUGGUUGUAAGAAAGAAAUCCAUCAAGAUAUUUUUAACUUCAAACUGCUGCUUUCUUGCUAAAAUACAAGUCCUCUAUCAAUAACAUUAUCUUGUCCAGUGAAAAAGUCUUCUUUUCUGAAUCAGGAGAGAAAUAUGCACUGUUUUACAAGCGAAAAUGGUCCAAAAUGGUUUUAAACUAGUAUGUCUGUAGAUUUUGAUGUGAGAGGACAACAGGGGAUAGACUUUUUCACUGCAGGAAGCGUUAUUAUGGAUUAUGAUCAGACAUGAUGAUACUAAGUUAAAUAUAAUAAUGGUGAACUUGUUUCUUACAAACAUGCAGAUUUUCACUUAAGAUGUUAACUGAUGGACUGGAGUGGUGUGCAUUACUUGUGGAUUAUUGUGAUGUUUUUAUCAGCUGUAUGUUUUUGACGCUCAUUCUGACGGCACCCAUUCACUGCAGAGGAUCCAUUGAUGAGCAAGUGAUGAAAUGCUACACUUCUCCAAAUCUGUUCCGUUGAAGAAUCAAACUCAUCUACAUUUUGAGGGUGGGUACAUUGUCAGCAAUUUCUCAUUUUUGGGUGAAUUAUUAAUUUAAAAACGUGUAAGAAAACAAACACUGAAGAUUGAAGAAUCUGGCUGCACAUGGGAUCAAAUUAUUAAACAAAUUACAAAGAACAUCUGAAGCAAACCACAUUUUUUUUUAAUGCUAUCUUUGUGUAAAAGCAUGUUCUAAUUUGAACUCACAAGAGAAUCAAGUCAGUUUUUCAAGGAAAAUAUGUUGUGAAUGAAGUAUCGUGAACUUCUCAAAUACUUCCACCUAAAAUGACUGUAAACGAAACCAUUUCUGUUUGUGAAAAUGCAGAUUAUGCAGUUUUGUUUUUGUGCAGUAAAAUACAAAUGUAGUUAUGACAAAUUUUUUUUCUUUUUCUCACACGUGACAGUGUAAAUUGUGGUCUGUGGAAGGAAGCACAGCAUCAUCAUUGACCUACAUAAACAGGAAAAUGGAAGAUUUGAGAUCAUACCAAACUUAUUUUUUGCAUGUAAUUUUUAACAGGUUAAUCAACAAUAUUAGUAUGUUUGUAGAAUACAUACUCUACACGAGAUCCCUUCAACCAUUAUCAGCUUCCUAAAAGCAACAUACUUUUACAACUUUUUAAAUGCAGUCCUAUGAAAUAAAUACAUGAUUGAAAAUAUAAUUUUAUAAACUCAUAAAUUUAAUGAGUCUGUCCUACUGUUGAUUUUAAACUUGAAACAAAAGCAAGGGCUAGAGCUAUGCUGUUUUACUUAUUAUAAUGCAAAUGAAAUGAAUCAUGUGAAUACUGUAAUGUAAACCAACUGUUUUGAAACUCCCAUUAACUGGAAACUACCUUAAAAUGUUACUAAGGAACUGCCACAACACUUUAAAGAACAACUGCUUUCAUUGUGGACACGAUACUUUCAUUUCACGUUUGUAACGGAAAAGAGAAACGAGUUUUGAAGUAGGUGUCUUUAACCCUCCCAUUCAACAUAAAAACACUCCAAUAUCCCUUCCAAAACAUCCAUGUCACUAAAUAUUAGCCUCAAUUUGAGGUGCAGUUUUCUACCAAUAGGUUUCAGUUUGCCAGUUUUGAGUCAUAUUAGUACUAAUAGAACUGACAAAAAUUAAGAGAACAUCAUGACUGAAGAGUAUACAGCGUAUUCAGAACCAGAAGACCAACUAUGUCACAAAGAAGAGGUGGUCAAAGUUGGAUACUUUGUUAUUCCAGUUUUCUUCGCUCUUCUGGUUGUGUGUAGUUGCAUUGGUAACCUGCUGGUUUUGGUCAUCCUGGUGCUGUAUGAGAAGUUUAAAUUGCUGAUCAACAUCCUGAUCUUCAAUUUAGCCGUGUCAGAUCUGCUGUUCACUUUUGGACUUCCAUUUUGGGCUUUGUACUUCGUCUGGGGUUGGACGUUUGGAGAGGUUGGCUGCAAAGCUGUGAAGUUUCUGUUCUCUCUCGGUUUUUACAGCAGCGUGUUGUUCUUGACUCUGAUGACCGUUCAGCGUUACAUGGCAGUGGUUCAUCCUCUGUCUGACUGGGAGAGAUGCAGAUGCUUUUCAGUUGCUCCAUUUAUCAUAUGGAUGUUGAGCGGAACAGCUGCACUGUUAGUCUCCCUUCAUAGCCAAGUCUUAGAACACGAAGAGAAUCUUUACUGUGAAUUUGACAGUAUUCAAGGAAAACAUGCCACCGUUUAUUCACAAAAUGUUUUCUUCUUGAUUGCAUUUUGCAUUAUGGGAUUUUGCCACGUUAGAAUGUUCCAGACAAUCGCACGAUCCCGAACAAAGGGGCGACUCAAGACUAUCAAACUGAUAUUCUGCAUUGGGCUGGUAUUCUUCAUUGGGUGGGCUCCAUACAACAUAGUUAUGUUCUUGAGAAUUAUGCAGGAUUACGGUUUGUCUUCAUUCGUAGACUGUAAUGUAUCCAUUCGUCUUGAUUAUGCAUUUUACACUUGCCGGCUGUUGGCUUUUUCACAUUGCGGCUUAAACCCAGUGCUUUAUGCUCUAAUUGGAGAAAAGUUUCGGAAACAUUUACAAACAAUAUUGAAGAAAAUGUGUUCAAAAAGCAAUUCUGACUCAUCCUGAGAUAAAUUUUUGGUGCGUUUGUUAAAUGCAACAAAUCUCACCAUGCAUAUCAUAUAGACUAACACUCAAAAUUUGGGGUCAGCUUCUUUUUUUUUUCUUUUUUAAUUAAUACUUGAUUCAACAAAGAUGCAUUAAAUUGAUCAAAAGUGACAGUAAAGAUAUUUAUAAUAUUACGAAUGUUAAGAUUUCGUAAUAUUUGAAAUAAACGAAAUAAACGUUUUCGUUUAUUUGAAAUAAACGCUGUUCUUUUGAACUUCGACAAAAAAAAAAGAAAGUAUCUGUUUCCACUAGGGAUGCACCGGUUGACCGGCCAUAAAUCGGACCCGGACGGUUUUUGCUUAUAAUGCGUGAUCGGCAACCGGCCCUUUUUUUUUGUCAUUUUUUCGGCCGAUUUUUCCAAAAGUGCUCCCGCGUGCACACUACAUUGUAAUCAUUCGCGAACAUGUCAUUUGGCACAAGCACAGCAAACACAGAAAAACAGAUACCAAGAAGCGAACAGCCGUUGGUGUACAUUACUGGCGCACAAAUAAGAGCCGCUUUCCUGCGCUCGCUGAAGUUGCGUGAGCGUUAUCGGUCCAUGCCCUGCACAAGCGUAGACAGUGAACCGUUGUUCAGCUCAGCUUCUCACGUGUUGGAUGAGAAACGAAACAGACCAACUUGUGACAAAGCUGAAAUACUUCUUUUUGUAAAGAUUUUUUUUAUUUAUUUUUUUUUAACUUGCAUGCACUUUUGAAAAGCCAGAAGUAAACGUCAGUUUUACAUAAUUACAUUGAAUUAAUUUGAUUUAAAAAGCACCUGCUUUAGCAUCUUUGUUUUACUCGUUGCACUAAACAUUAUUUGAUUUAACAUUUUGGAAAAAAUUAUUUAUAUAGCCUACUUUGGUUUUAUUUAGUUUCACUGGUAAAGACCUUUUUUCUUUACACCAAAUGUAAAAAAUGAAAACAAAUGCUGAAUGCUGAUUAAGUAACAUCUUGUUUAGACUGUUGAAUGUGUGUUGAUUGUGUUGUUUGGAUUGUAACUAUGCAGUUGUUGCUUUUAAUUUUACAUACAGUUAAUGUUUUCAUUUAAGGCCAGUUUUAUGUAGAUUCAGCCCAGUUUAAAAACAAAAGCUAAAUGCUGAUGUCAGUGCGUUACAGCCUUUAAUUUCAGAUGGUUACAGUUAUUGUUUUCAAUAGCCAAAAGCCAGAAGCCAGUUUGCCCUGUUAAACACCAAAUAAAAAUCUUGUUUAUGUA